UUAAUCCUCCACUUUACAAAAUUUGCUUUAGGCUGUUAGACUAACAGACUUCACACGUUCGCAGUUCAGCGUCUGGAACAACUAACACAAGAAUACUACUUGCUUUGUCAAUAUCGGAAGACCCCACUGUGCAUUUAGUUUGUCACUUGUUCCUCCCUGUGGUGGUGGCGGUGGUGUUGGACGGCGGAGGGUUGCUUUGUAUUUGUUCAUUCGUUUACCACGUAUACUGCUUUGGUGUCUUCCUUCUUCCCCUAUAGUACUUCUAUCUUUCAUGUUUCAGAGCAGAACUGAACACACAAAAAGGUAUAUUGCUUGCAUUCUCCAAUCCAAUCUGCCUGUGCCCCGGUUCCAUUGAUUUGAUAGUGGGUACUCUUACUUCGUUUAGAGGCAAAGGCACACAAUUCUAUGCUGGCUCUGACUCUGAACUGAACACUUUGUGAGUGAGUGUUAUGCUAUGUGUGCCUUUCCUCCUUGUCAUCAUUAUUGUCGUUGUCGUCUUCCUCGUGGUUUCCUCUUUGCAGUUGUUUUUGCUGUUACUCACGUUUUGUUGUUGCUUUCUGAAUGGUUAGCUGUGGCUCUGUUGUCUACUGGUUGUAUGAUGUGGUGUACGGUGUUACGGUGGUGUAUCUACAACUGCUCGUAGUCAGCUGUACAAAAGUGUAUCUUGUUAGCCUUUGGAUUUUUCAGCUGGAGCUGUGCACUGUGCUGUGCUGUGCUCAGCUCUGGCUUUGGUUCUGGCUCGGUGCGACAGACUCGCGUUGUGUGCGCUUCAUCUGUGCUGUGAGACUAUGGCUAGUCAGUCAGUCAUCGACAUUAGACCGGAGUAAUCCAGUUCUUUCUGUCUCUCUCUCUGCAUAUAAUUAUUUAGGAAAAAAGUGUCUGAAGUAUUUCACCUUCUUUGAUUUUGUUUUAAUGUACCUACCUACUCAUUUCUAAGAAAAGUUGAAUGAUCAAUGUGAAAGAUAGAAGAAAAAUUAAAUCAAUUAAACAAAAAAAAAAAUGAAUACAAAAUAAGAUCGAAAUUAAUGAAUGGAACUAAUACUUGGAAAUUAUUCAAAUAACGAACAUGAGAAAUAUAUUAAAACAAAAUACAAAUCUCAGCUAUUUUUGGACACAACAUCAAUCCGAUGAUUCAAGCAAUGACUCUACUAAAGUCACAUUGGAUUGAAAAAGAACUCAAUUAUCGUAACAGUAAAAAUGAAACAUUUGCAGACAACAAUCUUGCCAAAUUUCUUAAAAUAUAAUUCUUUUAAUGCGAGAAAAUUAUCAAGAACUAAGAGCCUUAGAAGGUUUACAAAAAAAAUGUUAUCUAAGGAUUAAAUGAUUUAAAAAAUCCCCUUAACAACAAGAAGAAACGCAAUAAAUGAAAGCCACACCAUUAAACAUUAACCCUGUGAAGUAAUCAUUUGGAUUUGUACUACAAUUACUUGGCUUGGAAGGCGGCGCUUUGUUAACUAGCGUAUUACCAUACAAAUAAAUCCAGCACACAUAAAAACUAUUUAUGGAUGCAGGGGGUCUUCCAGUAUUUCAGAGCGCCAACCAGGCAGCCGCCCAACAACAACAGCAGCAACAACACCAACAUCAGCAACUUAAUUUACAGCUGCAACAGCAGCAGCAUAUGCAGCAUCAUCAACAACAUCUUCACCAGCAGCAAAAUCUUGUCCAUCUACAACAACAGCAACAAUUACAUGCCCAGCAUCAACAACAAACACAACAACAACAUCACCAGCAGCAGCAACAGCAACAUCAACAACAGCAAUCUCAACAGCUUCACAAUGUGCAGCAACAACAAAAUAUUCAUGUGCAACAACAACAAAAUCCCCAACAACAGCAGCAACAGCAACAGCACACGACAACAUUCAAUCCAAACCAGCAGAAUGUCAGUCCCGGUCUUGGCAACAGUGAUAUUAUGCCACCAAAGAAUCAGGCGGUGGUGGAACGAUUGCGAAGACGCAUGGAAAACUAUAGACGACGACAGACAGACUGUGUACCACGUUUCGAGCAGGCAUUCAACAACGUGUGCGAACAGCAAAAUCACGAGACAACAACAUUACAGAAGAGAUUCCUUGAAAGCAAGGCCAAGAGAGCGGCCAAAAAGACGACGGAAAAGAAGCCAACGGAAAAUUUGUUAGCGGGAAAUCUUCAAAGUAGUGUUCAUGUGCAACAAAAAUUUCUUAAAAGACCAGCGGAAGAUGUGGACAAUGGGGCUGACAAUUUUGAACCACCCGUCAAGCUACAGCAUAAUGGCUCAGAAAAUUUAACCAAAUUCUCGGUAGAAAUUGUUCAACAAUUAGAAUUCACAACUUCGGCGGCUAAUUCACAGCCCCAACAAAUAAGCACAAAUGUUACAGUAAAAGCGCUUACCAAUACAUCAGUAAAAAGUGAAGGCAGUAGUGGGGGUCAGAAUCAACAACAACAAAAUUCCGGAAGUAAUCAACAGCAGCAGCAACAAGGUGGCGGUGUUCCUGGACCUGGGGGUGAUCUAAGUGGAAAUAAUGGCAUGGGUGGUGGACAGCAAGGAAACGGCAGCGGUCUAAUGGGUGGACAUAAUAAAGCAUCAACGCUGGGUGGCUUAGCCAACCUUGUUGAAUGCAAACAAGAGCCAGAUCAUGACUUCUCUGAUUUGGGAGUGGGCCUGGAAAAGGACGGUGGAGGCCCAAAUGGAAAUUUUCCUGGUUUUCCCGAUCUUAUGGGUGACGAUACAGACGAGGGCAAUGAUACAUUCAAGGAGUUGAUAUCUGAUUUACAGGAUUUCAAUCCCGGAUUCUUGGAUGGAUUCGACGAAAAACCGCUACUUGAUAUUAAAACCGAAGAUGGUAUUAAGGUGGAGCCUCCAAGUGCUCAAGAUCUCAUGAGCAGCCUGAAUGUAAAAUCAGAAAAUCCUAUGGCACAAUUUGCUUCGCAAUUUGGGGGAGGACCGGGAAUGGCUGGAUCUGGCAUAGGCGAUAACCAAGGACUGAACAAGAUGCGCAAUCAAUUCCAAAAUGGUCCUAAUGGUCCAAUCACAGAGCUGUCUCUGGCGCAAACGCUCAAACACAUGGCUGAGCAGCACCAACAUAAAAACGCUAUGAGCGGUAUGAACUUCCCUCGUCCUCCUAUGCAACCUCCACAGCAAAAUCAAAUGAUGGGCGGCAGUGGUGGAAACCCAAACAACCGCUACAAUGACUUUGGGCCAUUUGUAAACGAUUUUAUGUCUUCUGGAGGUCAGAAUGGUUCAAAUGUAAAUAGCGGUAAUCCUAUCAGCAACCAACAACAACAACAACAUCAACAAAAUGCCCAACAACAGCAACAACAACUGCCUCCACAAUACCACAAAGGUCCUACAUCUGCACAAUCAUUUGUUGAUAUUAAACAGGAACUCUUCUACUCGUCUCAGAACGAUUUUGAUCUCAAAAGGCUGCAGCAACAGGCUCAAAUACAACACCAACAGCAACAACAUCAACAGCAUCAACAACAACACCAAGCGCACCAACAACAUCAACAGCAAGCGCAUCACCAACAACAACCAAAUCCCAAUAUGGGCCCAAAAAUUGGCGGAGUUGUUGGCUCAGGCUUCCCAAAACCCACCAACCCUCAAGCAGCGCAACAGCAGCAAUCAGCUGCCGCAGCUGCAGCUGCUCAACAAGCUCAGCAACAGCAAUACUCGCCAUACAGUUCGCCCAUGUCACAGCAGGGCAACAAUAGUCCUGCAGGACCCAAUUUCAUGCAGCCACCCCGAGGUGUCAAUGCUGGCGUCCCUCCUAACAUGUCCUCGCAAUGCCCACCGCCUCAACAACAGCAACAACAACAACAGCCGCAACAGCAGCAACAACCAUCGCAGCAACAAAGUUCGGCAAAUGCUGCCAACGCCCAGCGACAGAACUCAGCGGGUGGUGUUGGCAAUGGAGUCAAUCCAAACAACAGUGGUUCAAAUAGUGGUGGUAUUCAGUCAACAGCGACAACAACAUUGCAAAUGAAACAAACUCAACAGUUGCACAUAAGCCAGCAGAGUGGAGCACAUGGUAUUCAAGUUUCCGCUGGGCAGCAUUUACAUCUCACUGGUGAUCUUAAGAGCAAUGUGUCAGUUGCAGCGCAACAAGGCGUUUUCUUUAAUCAACAGCAGGCUCAACAGCAGCAUCAGCAACAUCAGCAGCAACAACAACAACAGCAGCAGCAACAACAAAAUCAGCAAUCUCAACAACAUACACAGCAAGGUGGCAAUAAUCUAAGCAAUAACCCGCAGAAUCAACAAUCAAAUCAAAAUAUUAAUAAUUCAUCUGGUCCUGGAAAUGACUCGUACAGUAUGUCUCAAACUCAGUCAAUAAGCUUCACCCAGCAACAACAACAACAGCAACAACAACAGCAACAACAACAACAACAACAGCAGCAACAACAACAACAGCAGUCACUUAGACAGCGACAGUCUCAAGCUGCUGCAGCGGCGGCUGCUGCAGCCGCUGCCAAUGUCGUUGGCAUGGGUAAUGCUUCAGCACCUGGUAAUAGUGCCACAGUUGGUGCUGCUUCUAACAAUGUUCCCAAUAACAAUAUUCCAAACCAAUCGCCAGGAAAUCCGUCAGCACCUGGCGCUAUGGCAAGCAUGAGUCAAAUUGCCGGAAACACAGCCACAUCUAACGUGCCAAUGAGUCAGGGUGGCAUGAAUUCAAAUAUGGGUGCAGGAAAUAUGUCUCAGAACAUGGGCCAAAUGUCACAUGGGAACAGUGGUCCUGGUGGCAUCGGUGCCAUGGGUAUAGGUGGCAUGAGCGGGAUUCCCAGUCAAAUGGGUGGCAUGGGUACAAUGGUUCCGAAUGCAAUGAACCAGACCGCUGGAGGAGGUGGAAUGGGCCCAAAUUCGAUGAUGAUGUCAGGCGGACCAAUGGGAAUAAAUCAAGCUAAAUUCUUGCAACAACAACAAAUGUUAAGGGCACAAGCGAUGCAGCAACAACACAUCGCUGGAAAUCGACCACCGCCUCCAGAAUAUAAAGCAACACAAGCUCAGCUUAUGCAAGCUCAAAUGAUGCAUCAGAGCUCCGGUGGAAGAUUCCCCAAUGCAGCGGCGCAAGCUGCAGCUAUGAGGCGAAUGAGCCAACAGCCAAUACCACCAUCUGGUCCAAUGAUGCGGCCGCAACAUUCAAUGUACAUGCAACAUUCCGCAGGAGGAGGCCCUCGCUCAGCUAUGGGACCGUACGGUGGUCCAAUGGGAGCUGGACCGCAGAGGCCCCCUAAUGUACAAGUAACUCCCGAAGGCAUGGCAAUGGGUUCACAACAAGAAUGGCGGCACAUGAUGAUGUCCCAGCAGCAAAAUAUGUCAUUUGGUGUACAAGGUGGUGGUCCAGGUCCAAUAAGGCAGCCCCCUAAUUCUGGAUUCAAUUCAGGAGGAUUCAUGUCGAACUCAGCGGCCGGUAGUGGACUAACUGGUGGCCCUACUGGAAUGUCUCAGGUUCCAAACCCGAAUAUGCAAUUGACACCUACCCAAAUGCAACAGCAAUUACUGCGUCAACAACAACAGAAUCAAUUGGUUGCUGCACAACAAAGCCAACAGCAACAAAAUAUGAUGAGCAACAUGAGUCAGAAUCAGCAGGCCGCCGUAAUGCAACAAAUGCUGCAACAACAACAACAUCAUCAACCACAACAGCCCCAACAACAAAACAUGAUGACGCAGAUGCAAAUGGCUUCCAUGCAUAUGUCUCAAUCACAGCAAAUCACAAUACAACAACAGCAGCAGCAACAACAAUUCGUUCAGCAAACAACUACCACCACAACCCAUCAACAGCAUACUCAGCAAAUGAUACAAAUGACCGGUGCCUCCGGAAACAACCCCAGCGCAGUACAAGGUGGUGCUAUACCUGGUGGACCGCUAUCCGCACCACCGGCAUCAAUGCAAACAACAAAUUCUUCAAUUAACCAGGCCAUUAACUCGGUCGUUGGCAAUACAAACGACCUAUGUCUAGAGUUCUUUGACAAUUUGCCCGUUGGUGAUGCCAGUAAUUUUUCUACGCAAGACUUGCUAAAUUCGUUGGAUAAUGACAGUUUUAAUAUUCAAGACAUUUUACAGUAAACCAAGACAUUUUAGGUUAUUUUUUUUUUACUCUAACAAAUAAUUUCGGUCAGUUGAUUGGUUGUUGAACACUUUAUUUUUUGUUACUUAUUUAAAUAAGAGUAUGGCUUGUGCGUUUGUAAGAGAUGUAAGUUUUUAAGUUCUUUUUGUUAAACAAAAACAUUCCCUUCUUGCUGUUUAAAGAAGUUUUUAAUUUAUUUAUGUAAUUACAUUAAAACGAAAGUUAAUUUAUGAAGUUUAAGAAAUAUCAAAAUUUUAAACAUAGUAUUUUUUUGUUUGAAAUUUAUUUUAUUUAAAAGAAAACUACCCCCUUUGACGAAAAUAAAAAACAUUUUGCUGCACUUCUUUCUUUAUGAUAUUAGAUGCAUCUGGUUUCUGUAACCUUGUAACUCAUUUAUAUUUCAGUACUGAGUACAAUUAGUUUCAACAGAAAACUUUAUGUAAAUUUUAUUCAAGCUCAUGACAUUUUUCUCACAAUCUUCAAUCUGUUACAUUACAUUACAGGCCAAAAUGACAAACUAUUUUAAGAAGAACUUUUCAAGUUUUCUUAAGAUGUUAGAUACAAGCUAAUGUUGCGCAAAAAAAAUAAGCGUUUGCAGAUUGAAUUUUGAGGAAACAUAUCUUUUAUAUUUAUCUUUUUUGAUCAAAGUGUGUUAAAGCUAGGCUUAUUUUAGAAAAAAAAAACUAGUUUGUAUUCAAACGGUGUUGGAAAAAUCAAUUUUUAAAAAAGCUAAAUUAUAAGGGUUUGUGAAAAUUAGCAAGCCCAUUCUCUCUUCAUGGGAAAGAUACCAAAUAAAUCUUUCAAUCUUUCUUAUUUAAAUAACUUUAAACAAAA